AGUGUUUUAGUUAAAUUAGGUGUAUACUAAAGGACUUGGUCUUUGUCCCUAGUUCCUGGGAAGUAACCUCUAAACCCUUGGGAUUUCCAAGUGAUUGAAGUGCUUUGUUAUUCAUCUUUAUUAUUCUACACUUGAUAGAUUAUGCGGAUGAGGUAGCUCACAACAGGGCCGCUCCAUAGUUUAUGCUAACAAGAUUACUCAGGAUGGGGGCUGCCUACACUAGAAAGACCAACCCUGUGAUUAGAUGAUUCAGGCUUUUAGCCACAUGAUAUUAGCCUGACCUCCAGGGAGAAAAGAGGGACAGGAGGUUGAGUUCAAUCACAUGGAUCAAUGAUUCAGUCAAUCAUGUGUGCAUAAUGAAACCCCAAUAAAAACUCUGGACACCAAAGCUUGAGUAAGCUUCCCUGGUUGGCAAUACUCUACAUAUUGUCACACGUUAUGUGCCAGGAGGGUAACAAAUCCUGAGAACAAGGAAGUUUCGUGUUUGGGGCCCUCCCACACCUUGUGUCUCUCCCUUUGCCUGGUUAUAAUAUGUUUUCUUUUGCUAUGAUAAAACUGUAAUACUAAGUAUAACGCUUUCUUGAGUUCUAUGAGUCAUCGUAAUGAAUCAUCAAACCUAAGGGAGUAGUGGGAACCCUUCAAUUUGUAGCCAGCUGAUCAGAAGUGAGGGUGGGCUGGGGGUCCCCAAGCUUGCAGAUGGUGUCUGAAGUGAGCACAGUCUUGUAGAGGACUGUGCCCUUAACCUGGGAAGUCUGGCCUAACUCCAUGUAGUUGGUGUCAGAGGUCAUUGCAGUAGGCUAAACUGAGAUGACAAAUAGACCCAGAAUAUGAUGGAUCAAACGUAACAGGAGUCUCUUUCUUGAACACGUAACAGUCCAGAGGGAGUGUUCAGCCAUUUGAAAACCCAGAUUGAUGGCGGUUCCUCCAUGUUCAACAUGUGGCUUUCAGUGUUGCCCUGAGCAUCAUCAUUCCAGUUAGCAGAGAGGAGCUGUGAAAGACUUUGGGCCAGACUUGGGAGUGAUGCAAGUCACCCCUCAUAAUUCACCAGCAGACCCAGUUUCAGGGCACACUGACUGCAAGGGAGGGUGGGAAACAUGGAGUAGUAGAAAACCAAAAGCCCAGCUAUUAUGGAAGAAGGGAGAAUGGAUUUUGGUGAGCAAACAACCGUCUCUGCCCCCAGGAGACACAAAAAGAAGAAAUUCAGGUACUAAAUGCAAUGCAGAGCUGUGUAAGUUCCCCUGACACAAACAAGGUCUUGCAGGCAGGUGAGCAGACAGAACACCAGCCAGGUAGAUAUGGUGCAAUUCAAGUGUUGUCAUCAGUGGUGUUCUACCAGAAUGUUCACAGUUUUCCUUUGUUAUAUUCUAGCUGUUUUGUUUGUUUGUUUGUUUGUUUUACUGCUACAUUUUCACUAUCUCAGAAUAGAGCCAUGGCUUCACUUUCCUUCAUUCAAAUGCCUGAUUUCAUGUACUUUUGGAAGUGAGGUCUACCUGUCAUUACUUUUUGUUUAUUUUUUCCAUUGCAACACUGUGGGGAGGCAUAUUCCUCCAUUUCUAGGACACUGCACUUAUGCCACCAACAGGAACGAGUUUCAGAUCAUUCUUGUCUUCGUGGGGCCACAUCUUAGAGGUCCAAAAACAGAGACACUUUUUGCUCAGAAUAAGAGUGUGGGAAACUUCAAAUUUAUGAGAUUCAAUUUUGGGCAGGGUCAAACACAAGAGAGGAAUACCCCCUUAAGUCUUCUUAAAACUAAAUAAUAGUCUAGUGUAACUAGUAAAAAACGUCUGCCUUGAGCAUUAUGUUCUCUUAAGAACUAUCUAUAUGAGAUCAAAUUGACAACAGCAACUUGAAGACUUAGAAACCUUAGGGGGCAGUGGGUUUAUGUUAAUGAGGGAGGAACAACUCAGCAAAUGAGGGUGAGGAUGGUUGCACAACUCAAAGACUAUCAUCAAUGUCACUGAAUUUUACAAGGAGAAACUGCUGAAUUGGUGUACAUUUUGCUGUGUGUAUUCUCAACAACAAUAAAAUUAAAAAAAAAAACAUAAUAAGGGAAAAAAACAGGAGAGAAACAGCUCAGGGUAUAUGGGAUUUGUUAGCCCAAAGCGAAGGUUAAUCCUUCUACUAGGGUGUUGAGUUUGAGAUUUAAGUUUCAAGGAUCAGAAACUUUGUGGGUCUAGGUUAUUAUAAAGAAAGUUUAAGUUUUUCCUCCCUUCACACCCAAAGCCAAGAUCUUCAUUUCAGUAGUUUAAUGGUAGGUGACUGGAUGAAUGAACAGAGGGAUGGACAGAGAGUUGAAAAGUGUUCCAGAGCCAGAAGGAGGCUGCAUGUCAGCAUUGCAGAUUAAAAAGCACAAAUUUGAAUGAAAAUGGUGUUUUGAUCCCUUAAUUUGAAUGGCUGGAAAACACAAAAGAAGGUAUGGCUCACAGAUGUAGAAAGAGAAGGAAGGAAUUUAGAACAUGAAUAUUCUAAGAAGGAGAACCUGAGAGAAGAGAUUCACCUGAGCCCACAUUUUCAUAGGAACUGAACCAGGAAGGAAAAAAAAAAAAAUUCUCCAGUAACUAAUACUAUUCUCAAGGGCAGGAACUGUUCUGUUAUUACCUCUGUGUUCCCGGUGUAUCAGCAACAAGACCCUCCAUAAGCAUUUGCUGACCUAAUCAAUUAUCAAUGAAUAUUCUUUCACACAAAUCCUAACCACCAGGCUCUUCUCUAAUGUGGGUUCUCUUCUUCACUCUUUAUAGAAUGCUUGUCAGAUUCUUCUGAAACGUCUUGAGCCCAUCAUGAAACAAAACCCAGAAGGUACAUGGGAAGACUGGAUAGAAGCUGCAUUUGAACAAAGAAUCAGUCUUUCAGCCACUGGAUAUUUCAGAAAAUCAGAACAGACAUCGUCAUGGAUGCAUGCUACAGCCUAAAUCCAGCCAUUGAUAUCGGACAGGUAGGUGCCAGCCAGCUGAGAUGAAUACCCACUCCUGAGUUACUGUGGGAUCUAGAAAAGCAUUCUAAAAAGUAUACAAUGUCACAAAGCUUGAAAUUGUUCCCCUUCAGAUUGAAGGUGCAUUUAUUCAGGGAAUGGGCCUCUCUCUAUACCACUGAAGAGCUGAAAUAUUCCCCAGAAGGUGUCCUGUACUCUCGAGGCCCAGGUGAAUAUAAAAUUCCAACCAUCACUGACAUCCCAGAGGAGUUCAAUGUGUCCUUGUUGCCAUCAUCACAAACCCCGCUAACAAUCUAUUCAUCCAAGGGCCUUGGGGAGUCAGGGAUGUUUCUGGGAUCAUCUGUAUUCUUUGGCAUUGCUGAUGCUGUGGCCUCAGCACGCAGAGAAAGAGACGCAGCCGUAGACUUCACAGUGAGGAGCCCAGCAACACCAGAAUGGGUUCGAAUGGCCUGUGCAGAUCGGUUCACAGAAAUGAUCCCAAGAGAUGACCGGAAAACAUUUAAACCUUGGGCUAUCCCUAUAGCAUAAUGUUGCUGUCACUUCCUAAAAGGUAAGAUCAAUAAACUAAUAGAUGAUUGUGCAAAAGAAAAAAAAAAAAGCUACUCCGGUGGUUUUCAAGCUAGGAUUCCACAAAUGUUUAAAUCAAGGUAUUUUUAAACCAAUAUAUCUAACAUUUUAAUCCUUUAACACUAAACAUGCAUAGCUUUGGAAUAUUGACAAAGAAAGGUCAGGAUGUUUUAACUAACACAUCAGCUUUUCAUUUCAAAAUAAAAUAAAAAAGACUAUAGAUUAGAUGGAGUAAGAUAU